AAGGAAUAGAAGCUGACGGAUCAUAUGAGAUAGAAACAACUUAUUCCCCUUCACAAAUAGAAAUUGAAGAAAGCGAAGAGAUUGACGAUAUGAUAUCGAAUAAUUACUUAACUUCGAUUGCUUCAACUAUCGAUCAUAUUCCUUCUACAGAAUCUUUUACUUCUGAAAGUAGCUUUCCAGCUCCAGUGAAUCUUCAUCUUGUACCGAGGCUCUUUAAAAAUCCUUAUUAUAAAACUCCAAAAAAAUUUAAAACUCUUAAACAAAUCCUAGUCGCCGAAAGAAAUUUAAAUACGCCUUUAGAUGUACCAACUUCACCGCCUUCAAUUAAGCCGCAAAAGAAAUAUUGUGACAUUACGGGAUUAGAAGCAAAAUAUACGGAUCCAAAAACGCGUCUUCGAUACCAUUCUGCAGAGGUAUAUAAAGAAAUUAAACAGUUGGCGCCCGGUGUCAUCCAAGAUUAUCUUGGAUUAAGACACGCUGCGGUUGUAUUAAGAUAA